UGAACCUCUCCUGACGAUGCAAGACUGGUCUAUAUAUGUCAUCUCUGAGCCGGUAAUUCAGUACAAUUGUUCAUCAGUUAUGAUCUCAACAAACAUCUAAUUCUGGAGGAUGUGUCCUUGUUAAGAUGAAUCCAUAGGGAGAAGAAACCAUAAGUAAUGGACACAUCACCAGAUGUUCUCAUCGCAGCAGCCCAGAAGUUAUUGCGAACUGGUAAGAAACGCCUGUCUCCGUCCACUUGUCUUGAUUUGACUGUUCAAAUUAAAGCUGUGGAUCUGGGCACCAAACCUGCUCUUCUGUACGACUGUAAUGCAGCAUCCCCAGAACAGAUUCAGCUCUAUCUCAACUCACUACAAGAGUAUGGAAUUGUAACCAGUGCACUACAGAUACUGUCCAUUGAUGACAACACAUUCAUCUUUAACCUUGCCACGAUUAAGUCCCACUUGGAUGAACUGCUCAAAAAUAAAAGUGUUGUCCUUAUUGAUGUGUGCCCAUCUAGAAAACAACCUGUCUUGCUUGGAUUUGAGAAAAGAACUGAGGAGAUGAUCAAAACUAUUUUGGGACUCUUUAUGAACGAGGUGCAUGAAAGCUCCUCAGUUAUUGUGGUGGGAGAAGAGUUGUAUAAUGAGUGGAAUUUGUGUACACUCUUUGGAAUCCUUUUAGGUUAUCCAGCAUUCUACUGGUUUGACCAAACCAAAGGAUUUGGGAACUGUUUGUGUAUGACGCCACUGGUGGUUUCCACUGUUUGGGUAAAGUGGCAGAUAAAUGACAUAAGUCACCGAUGUUGUCUUUACUCAUUCAGUGUUCCUGAGAAGCUGUGGUCAGAUGUACAGUGUCAUAUGCAGCAAUGGACUGAGCUUCUGAGAGAUAGAUUUAACAAACAGACAGUUUUGACUGAUCUCUUCUUUUCUAGGGAUACUGUCACCUCACCUGCUGUGACGCUUUAGGCAAGGCUUUGAACUUAUGUUCCUUUUU